CUGAGAUUAAGUUGAACACAAGCCCUGCUCAAGUUUGCACCUGUUUCCAUCAGCUCUGUUUACAGCUUCUUCAAAAACCCCCUCAGAUUUCUACAUUUUAUUCCUGAAGUUUAAAGCUAACAAACUGCUGGAUUGUUUGAGGAGUUUGCUGGUAAUCCUGUGGUGACAGGAUUGUUCAGACGGCUGUUUAUCAGCUCCAUCAGGACAUCCAGCUGCUCUGCAUACCUCCCAUCACUUCCACUGUCUCCAUCACAGCCAUCCUGGCUGGAUGGGAUACUGCUGCUGCGGAAAUUAAAAGGUUGGACCUGUGGGGCUAGAUGUCCAUUCUCUGAAAGCAGAAUGGUCAGACGAUGCUGUCCAGUCAUUCUGCUCCAACUGUUAAGCAUUUUUGCACAGACAAAAGCUUUUACUCAGGAUGUUUUGUACCCAUAUGGACCAGGCCAUAGAGAUCUUGAAACUCCAAAGAUGGAUGACGGAAGUUCACCAGAAAUUCCUCUGCUCAUUCCUUUUAUUUUCUUCAAUGUGCCUUACCGUUCCAUCUAUGUCAACAACAAUGGUGUGAUCUCCUUCAGUGUUCAAGUUAGCCAGUUCACACCUGAGGCUUUCCCUCUAAGCGACAGCAGAUCUUUCAUUGCUCCACUCUGGGCAGAUGUGCACAACGGCAUCCGUGGAGAUGUCUACUACAGAGAGACCACCGAUCCUGAACUACUAGAAAGAGCAACCCAAGAUGUUCGCAAGCACUUCAAAAGCAUGCCUGGCUUUACAGCCACAUGGGUUUUUCUAGCAACAUGGCACCAGGUUACCUUCUACGGAGGGAGCCAGACAACCCCGGUGAACACUUUCCAGACAGUACUUAUCUCAGAUGGUGUGGCGUUCUUUAGUAUGUUCAACUAUGGAGAAAUUACAUGGAGCACAGGAACAGCCAGCGGGGGAGAUCCUUUGACUGGACUUGGUGGAACAACAGCUCAGGCAGGUUUUAAUGGUGGAGAUAUUGGUCACUUCUUCAACCUGCCGGGAUCCCGGUCAAAUGAUGUGGUAAAUAUUGAACAAACAACCAACGUAAACAUUCCUGGACGCUGGUUUUUCCGCGUUGACACUGAGUUGAUAGAUCCUGCCAACGGCUGCAGCUACAAUGGACGGUUUUACAGACGAGGGGAGAUUUUCUGGAUUUCUGAACAGUGCUCACAGCGUUGCCGAUGCCUUGAUAUUAACAAUGAGGUGCAAUGCCUCGAGGCUCCAUGUGGACAGUUUGAGAACUGCGAGCAACUGGAGGGAGCCUUUUACUGCCAGCCUACUCGCACCAGUACCUGCGUGGUAUUUGGAGAUCCUCACUAUCACACCUUUGAUGGCUUCCUCUAUCACUUCCAAGGCACCUGCUCAUAUUUGCUUGCUCGGCCAUGCUGGGAGAUGGUAGGACUGCCCUUCUUCAGUGUGGAGGCCAAAAACGAGAACCGAGGCGUUACCUCAGUUUCCUGGUUAAGAGAUGUGACAGUGGAGGUCUACGGUCAUAGAGUCUUGAUACCUAAAGGCAGUUUGGGAAGUGUCCAGGUGGACGGUUUGAUGAAGACAUUGCCAGUCCAACUCGACCUUGGUGCAAUAAAAGUGUACCAAUCUGGAGUUGCUGUGGCCUUAGAGACAGACUUUGGACUCCUGGUAACCUAUGAUGGCGAGCACUAUGCCUCCAUCUCAUUACCAAGCUCCUACUUCAACAACACCUGUGGUCUAUGUGGAAACUAUAACGAUGACCCUGCGGAUGAUCCAGUGCUUCCUGAUGGCUCUCUUGCUGAAAGCGUGGUGGAGUUGGGAGGAAGCUGGCGAGCAGAAAACACAGACUGGAAGUGCUCAGACGGUUGUGCUCAGAAUUGUAGCGUUUGUGACCCUCUAACAGAGGCCAUGUACUUUCGUUCAGAUUACUGUGGGCUAAUAAACAAAACUGAUGGACCUUUUCGAGACUGCAGAGCUGUGGUGGACCCUACUGCCUUUGUAUAUAGUUGUGUGUAUGAUAUGUGCAGCAACAGGGAUAACAUCACCACAUUGUGCCAUGCCAUCCAGGCCUAUGCUUUAGCCUGUCAGGCCCUCGGUGUCACAAUAAGACCAUGGAGAACUCGCACCUUCUGUGCAAUGUCAUGUCCAGAAUUCAGCCAUUAUGAGGUUUGUACGACUGCUUGCCCGGCUUCCUGCUCCGACCUCACUGCUCCCCUAUACUGUGUUCAUCCCUGCACUGAGGGCUGCCAGUGUGAAUCUGGAUACGUCUUGAGCGGCAAUCGCUGUGUUCAGCAAGAUGACUGUGGAUGUGAGCACAACGAUCUGUAUUACCCCCUCAAUCACACAUUCUGGGCUGGUCCCAGCGGGGCGGAAGGUGACUGUACCCUCCGCUGCACAUGCGGGUUUGCUGGAGAAGUUUCCUGUUUCAAUGAGUCCUGUAAAGAGGGUGAAGUGUGUGUGGCCGAACUAGGCUUACUGGGCUGUUACCCUCGAAGAGAGGGAGUGUGUUCGGUCACCCAGAACUCAGUGACAUCUAGCUUUGAUGGCACUUUUCUCCUGUUUCCGGAUGACAGCUCUUACUACCUGCUAAAGCUGUGUGGUCCGAUACCAGUUAAUGGGUCAUUGGUAGAGGUGAAGAUUGGCAGGCGGUUCAUUAACAAAGGUCCCACUUGGAUAAGACCUGUGAUAGUAACUGUGGCUAACCUUGAGGCACAGAUGGGAGGCACAGACUUUGAUACAGUAAAGGUGAAUGGCGAACCUGUUGUUCUUCCAUUUGUCCAUCCGAUGGGGACAAUGAUAAUUUACAAGGCACCAGGAAAUACAACUGUGGUGGAGUCCAGAGGUCUGCUCCGUGUUCAUUACACGCGUCAAGGAUUCCUUAACAUCUCUCUAUCCACCAUCUACUACAACAUUACAUGCGGCUUAUGUGGAGUUUUCAACAGCAACGCCACAGAUGACCUGCGCCUACCCAACGGUCGUCUUGCAGAAAAUACAGAACAGUUUACAGAUGGAUGGAGAUCAAUUGCAGACGACCUUACCUGCAAUGGGGACUGCGAUGAUCUAUACCGCAUGUGCACAGACCUGCGUCUUUACCAGAGUCCUUGGAUGUGUGGAAACAUCAAUGACCCAGGGAAUAGCUCCUUUCUGGCAUGCCACACAGUGGUGAAUCCAUCCCCCUUCUUUAGGAACUGCUUGUACAACAUGUGCAUAAGGGAAGGAAAUCGGUCAGCCCUGUGCUCCUCUCUACAGGCUUAUGCUACAGCCUGUCAGGAUGCCCAAGUUGGCCUCGCUUCCUGGAGGAUUGCAACCAACUGUCCUCUUCCUUGUCCAGAGAACAGCCAUUUUGAAGAGUGCACCACUGCCUGCCCUUUAACCUGCACCAACCUGGAUGAACUGGAGGAGCCGUGCCCUCUGCCAUGUGAGGAAGGCUGCCAAUGUGAGGAGGGUUUUGUGCUGCGGGACGGCUUGUGUGUUGCACGUAGCGAUUGUGGCUGCAUGUACCAUGGUCACCAGGUGGCCACAAACCAGACCUUUUGGACGGAUUGGGAAUGCCAGGAGCGCUGUUUCUGCAACGGCUCUGACAACAGUGUUUACUGUCAGCUCUCCCCCUGUCAUCCUGAGGAGUUCUGCCAGGAGAACGAUGGUCUAUACUUCUGCCAGCCACGCACCGAGGCCUUGUGUGUGGUUGCUGGUUAUGGCCAUUUUCUGCCUUUUAGUGGUGUCCCGUUUGAACUUCAGAGCUCCUGUACUCUGAAGAUGGCCACCACUGUUUGUGGACACAGAGAGGUGGUGGGGACAAGUGGAGCUUUCCCUCGGUUCAAACUAGCCGUUCGUAAUGAGGAACGAGAUACUGGACAGGCCAUCUGGGUGAGGGGCUUUGUGUUGGAGGUCUAUGAAUAUGAAAUAGAAGUUUCACGAAGCUACAAAAACACAGUCACUGUAAUCCACAGCUGUCCUCCAAACAGCCAUUACUCCAGCUGCAUGAUGGUGUGCCCACCUCAGUGCGCCCCGGCCCGCGGUCAGAGGGACUGUAACCAUGACUGUGUGGAGGGCUGCCAGUGCGACCUGGGCUAUGUGCUCAAUGGCAAGAGCUGCAUCCUGUCCCAAAACUGUGGCUGCUACACAGAUGGAAAAUACUAUGAGCCCAAGCAACUUUUCUGGAACAGUGACUGCACCAAACGCUGCCAGUGCAUUGGAAGAAACCUGAUCCAGUGCGACCCCAGGCGCUGUAAGGCAGAGGAAGAGUGCACUUUGCGGUUCGGGGUCAGAGGCUGCUUCGCCCGCCGAUCUCAGCACUGUGUGGCAUCUGGUGGGGGAGUCUUCAGGACGUUUGAUGGGGCGUCACUGCGUCUUCCAGCCUCUUGCUCCUUUGUCCUUUCCACAAACUGCCACAAGCUGCCCGACCUUUCCUUCCAACUCAUUGCUAACUUUGAUAAAUGGAGCACGCCAAACCUCACCACCAUUUCUCAUGUCUACCUUUACAUAAACGAGGAGAACAUUCUCAUCUCUGGAAGCACUGUCAAGGUCAAUGGUACGCCAGUGUCAGUCCCAUUUCUAACUGGCCUGAUGACGCGCCUGUCCACAUCGGAGGGCUUCAUUGUCAUCGACACACCGCAGGACAUUCAGGUGCGAUACAACCGUUUCAACACUCUCAGCAUUACAAUGGGCCAGCGACUUCAGAACAAAGUGUGUGGCUUAUGUGGAAACUUCAAUGGAGACCCCAAUGAUGACUACAUCACCUCCAGGGGCAAACCAGCUGUCAGUGCCCUGGAGCUGGCUCAGAGCUGGAAGACCAACGGCAUGCAGAACAGUUGCGACGAGACCCAAUAUGUGGCUUUAGCCCAGUCCUGCGACAACACGGCUGUCCUGGCACUGCAGUCCGAAGAUGCCUGCCAGAAGCUUACCGACCUGAAGGGCUUCUUCCAACCAUGUCACGGCCUGCUGGAUCCGCAGCCUUUUUACCAGUCCUGCUACCUGGAUGGCUGCUACAACCACCGCAAGGCUCAGGUCUGUGGAUCCCUGGCAGCCUACGCUGAGGCCUGCCGCUCUUUUGGGACCCUCACCACCAAAUGGAUAACCCAGGAGAACUGCUCAGAAUGGAUUUACGACCCCUGUGCGGGAGAGAUCUGCACAAACUUCACAUGUGAGCUGGAGAAUGGAGGCGAUCUGUGCGGCUGUCCUGAGUUACCCACCAACCCUGCAGGUAACGAUGACAUCAUUCAAGCUGAGGUGAACUGCAAACACGCUCAGAUGGAGGUUUCUAUCUCCAAGUGCAAACUCUUCCAGCUGGGCUUCGAACGAGAAGACGUGAGGAUCAACGACGAGCGCUGCGCCGGCAUCGAGGGAGAGGAUUUCAUCUCCUUCCACAUCAACAACACUAAAGGCCACUGCGGCUCCAUCGUACAGUCAAACGGCACACACAUCAUGUAUAAGAACACGGUGUGGAUAGAAAGUGUGAACAACACCGGCAACGUCAUCACUAGAGACAAGACCAUCAACGUGGAGUUUUCCUGUGCUUACGAGCUGGACCUGAAGAUCUCUCUGGAGACCGUCCUUAAACCCAUGCUCAGCGUGAUCAACCUCACUCUGCCGACACAGGAGGGAAACUUCAUCACCAAGAUGGCUCUCUACAAGAACUCCUCGUACCGCAACCCAUACAGGGAGGGGGAGGUGGUUCUCAGCACCCGGGACAUUCUGUUUGUGGGCGUCUUUGUGGAGGGAGCAGAUGUAAACCAGCUCAUACUCAUUGUGAACAUGUGCUGGGCCACGCCAUCGCGAUACAGCAGCGACAGACUCCGUUAUAUCAUCAUAGAGCGGGGGUGCCCAAACACAAAGGACAACACCAUCGGGAUGGCAGAGAACGGCGUGUCCCUCACCUGUCGCUUCCACGUCACCGUCUUCAAGUUCAUCGGAGACUAUGAUGAGGUCCACCUACACUGUGACGUUACGCUCUGUGACUCAGACACAAACGCCUGCAAAGUGAACUGUCCUCACAAGAGGAGAAUGUACUCGGAAGACAGUGACCAUAAGGAGCACAUCCUGACAGUUGGACCCAUCAGAAGAAGAGAAUCAGACUGGUGUGAGGAAGACAACGGUGGCUGCGAGCAGAUCUGCACCAGUAAGGCCACCGGUCCCAUCUGCAGCUGUGUGACGGGGAUGCUGCAACCUGAUGGGAAAAGCUGCCGCAUUCUGAGCUCUUCCUGUAAAGUCACCCCUGCUCUUCCUCUGCUGAGCUCCAGCGCCCUAAUCUCCAUCAUCCUGACCCACUUUAACUGCCUUAUCUUUUCCUAACGCCUAAAUAAAGCAACCAAAUACACAUCAACACAGAAAAGACUUGAAGAAUAGACCGAAAUUUUAAAAUCUGCGAAUAUUUGAAAGUUGUUGUGAAUUUAGUUUGUGAACAUCUCUGUAGAAAACUGCUAAGCGUUAAUUUCAGUCUUCCUGUUAUUUAGAUUCAUCAGGAUCUGUAAUUUAAAACUACUGUGUAGAGUUUUUUUUUUUUUUUUUUUUUUACAUAUUUUUAUAAAGUUUUCAAAAUGUUCCCAUUGUUUUCAUUUUUGUUGAAAAUGUCGUGUUAACAAUCACCACUAGAUGGCGCCAAAGAAAAAAGUUCCAAUUUGAAGAAAUGAGGGAAAGUUAGGGAAAGAUUACAACAUAUAGAUAGGCAGAACAGAAAGAUUAAUAUCACAUAAGAGUUUUUUUUUGUUUGUUUGUUUGUUUUUGUUGUUGUGGAUAACCUCCAGUAAGCAUUGCUUUUUGCCAGAUCUAAGAUAAAUGUUUAUGAAGUUGAGUCAAAAAA